GAUUCUUUGUGGCGUGCUGGUGUACGGGGAACCGGCUUGACCGGCCGAAGGCCGAAUCGGCGAAAAUUCAAUUCACUUCACCGCGUGCGGGCGGGCGAGCGGGUCACGUCGCGUCAUGUUAUGUCAUGGCACGUCGUGUUGACGUUGCGUCGCGUCGUCCCUCGCAACAUGGGUACGACGGGCUAUUCACGGCUAUUCGUCGUGUUGCCUCGCACCGUGUAUCGGUCUGUCUCCUGUCGCGGGACGGCUGUGCACGAGGAUGACACGCGACUCGACGUGCCCGUUCGUGACGCGUCCAGGAAGCGAUACACCGCACGUCGAUCGCGGCAUCGGCGAUAACGUUCACUGUUAACCGUCACCGAGCCGGUUGACUAUCACCCCUUAUCAUGAGGAACGAAGGGGCCGUUCGAUUGCGAUUUGCGCGGUAAAGCUGGGUCACAGUCGUAGGGGAUUAUGUCGGCUCAAAGUGCGGAUUCUCCGAAUUGCACUGCGAAUCAGGAGGAGGAGGAGGAAGAGGAGGAGAUGAUUUUGGACGAACCUGAGAAUAAUCCUGUGGAUAUUCUGGAGUGUCUGUCAGUUAUGAUCAAUGAUAGCACUGGAAAGGAUGCGAACCAAGUACAGGAGCUUAUAUUGGACGACCAGUUGCUUGGCACCAUGGUGACUACGAUUACGUUGCCCGACGGAACUCAAGCUUUUGUUACGAAUAAUCUCAGUGAUAUCGAUCCAGAUUUCAAGACGCAAACAUUGCAAACGACGCUCGAGAACGGAGACACUAUUUUACUGCGAGACUUAUCAGAAUUUGGCGAUGGCAAGGCUCUCCAACUGGAAUUAGAUCCAGCUACAUUUGUACAAACCGAAGACGCUGCCACUGAAAAUGUAGAGGACACAUAUUCGCAGGUUGAAUUUAUCAAUGGCACCGCGUACAUGGUGGCCGGCCAUGUGGACGUAGACGAAAGUUUAUGGGAGAUUGAAGAUGGGAAGUUAAAGAAAAAAGAUCCCAAGAUUUUAAUCAACAAACUAUCCGACGCAAAAGUUAAAUAUCCUUGUCCCAGAGAAGGAUGUUCAAAGGUUUACAGCACGCCCCAUCAUCUCAAGGUUCACGAGCGUUCACAUACUGGCCAGAGACCAUAUAGAUGUUCUCAUCCAAAAUGUAAAAAGAGCUUUUCGACCGGUUACAGUCUGAAAGCGCAUUCACGGACACACACGGGCGAAAAACCAUACAAAUGCACGAAUGGAACGUGUAACAAGAGUUUCAAGACGUCGGGCGAUCUGCUAAAACACGUGAGAACUCACACGGGAGAACGUCCUUUCGUAUGCCCGUUUAACGGUUGUGGCCGAUCAUUUACUACGAGUAACAUUAGGAAGGUUCAUGUAAGGACCCACACUGGCGAGCGACCAUAUAAAUGUACGCAACCGAUGUGUGGUAAAGCGUUCGCUAGCGCGACAAACUACAAAAAUCACAUACGGAUACACUCAGGCGAAAAGCCCUACGUUUGUUCUAUAGAAAACUGUGGUAGAAGGUUUACCGAAUAUUCUAGUCUAUAUAAGCAUCAUCUUGUACAUACACCUCAACGACCAUUCGAGUGCACACUAUGCUCCAGAAAAUAUCGUCAAAGUAGCACGCUGGUGAUGCACAAGAGAACAGCUCAUGCGUUGGUCGACAGUGACGACGGUGCCGAUGCAUUUUUGCAAGAUUCUUUUGAACCCUCUAGUCCGAAUAAAAAUAAAAAGAAGGCCGUGAAAGAAACUCAUAAGCUGCCGGCGAAAGACAAACAGGUCCAGGUUUCUAAAAUGAUCGACGACACGAACGAGAAAGAACCACAAAUUUUGUUGGUGGGCGAUCCUUCGCAAAUCGCUGCAUUACAGAAGAUUGACCUGGAUGAAAGUUUCGAUGAUCCUGGCAUCGAUACGACGUUCGAAGGAUUGAAUAUCAAAAUCGAGGACAUAGAAUUUAGAUGGAAGUACUAGUGCGAAGGAGAAGGAAAUGCAAUGUUAUAUAUAUUAUAAAGAAAAUUUGUGAACUUUA